AAACGGGUUACGCCACAUGAAUUAGAAUCUGAGCAUGUAGAAGAUCUUGAAUGUGAUUCUUCUGCAUACGCAGUAAGUAGAAGCGAUGAACAACUCCAUCUGGUAUAAAUCUCCAAAUAAAGGUUAUUGUUUCAUUACCAAAAGCUUGCUAAUUUCGACUGACUGUACCGGCGAGGAACUGUGCCACGAAACAACAUUCUCAGUCUGUAAGAUGGGACGAGUUGGGCUAAGUCUAUUACCUGUUCUCACUGGUGACAUGAUGACACGUCACUUCAUAGCAACCGUAGCUAUGCUACUUAUGCACGUUUUCAUCAAGGGAAAUUUUGGUCGCACCAGCUCAUACUCCAAACUGACCAAAUAUAUCCGAAAUCCAGCCUGACACGGCAGGAUCGGGGUAUGUUGACAGGAGGCUGUAAUGCGAGAAUGUCUGUGUUUGGAAAGUGGAAACAUGCAGAAACUGACGACCUGCAGAUACUGGUUUUGGUUGUAGGAUGAGGAGAAGGUACCAUGGCAACGCACACUGUGACUAAAUUCGGAUUUGGGCAAAUGCGCCUCCUCUUCAAGCGCUUAACUCCUCGUUCUGUAUAUAUAAGACAUUCCGGUGGCUUGAGUUACUGUCAACUUGAAGUACACUUUAUUAUUCACUUUACUGAUCAAUAUGUCGGACACAGAUGCUACUAGGAUGCCAUUGGGAUCAAAUGCCAUUGCCAAACUCAUUGUUAAAGAUGCUUGUGCAAAUGGCAACGCUUUCACAGACCUAGAGCUCGAACGAUCUACCCCAUUCCGUAACAGGCCAGAAACCUUGCUCGCCCCACAAGAGGACAACAAGUUUUUUGAAAUAGUUACUCCAGAAACGCUCCCUGCAGAAUCCAUGCAUCUUCAUCUAUCGCUGGGUUCCGAGCUCGCUUUUAGCCCAUUUGGUAGAGUCUACGAUGUAAAGGUAGAUGGCGGGCGUUCCAGUCCAGACCUCAUGAAUGUUGCCAUCCCUCCCCUUAUCCUGAAGGUUUCUCCUCCGAACAAAACAUAUAAGAAUGCUCGCGAGGCCUUUUAUUAUGAGAAGAUGCCAGAACUACAAGGCGUUGUGAUUCCUCGCUAUUACGGCGUUUUCCACGCUACCAUACCAUCCGGUUUCAGAUUUCGAUUUUGGACGCCCGAGAAGAUCAUUGGAGGCCCUUCCGACGGCGAUUCUGAUUACGAGGAUCACUUUGCUAUACCUCGCGUCAUCACUAUCCUUGUGCUCGAGCGAGUAGGUCCUAAGUAUCUGCCUCUUGGAAGGUCUCUGCAUCAGGAUGAACAGGAGGAGUUAUCUGCCAUGCUUAGUGAUAUCGCGCGACAUCGCAUCUGCCAUGGUGAUAUACGCUACACGAACAUACUCUCUGCUCCGGCGCGAAGCCCUGAGUUCCCGCGCCUUCGUUCGCCCUACACUAAGCGCAAAUAUCAUUGGCGUAUUGUUGACUUUGGUGAGGCUUAUGAGAGCACCAUGUCGAAGGACCGUUUCGCCAAACACAUUGAACGCGCCUUGAGAGAUCUAUUCACGGAGCUUCGUGAGCGCAGGAUGAUGAGAUCUAUGAAUUUAAGUAGGGGCGAGAAAGCCUGAUGUCAAUCAUAGUGUCUAACCUAUCUAUGCUUCCGAGUCCAUAUACCAUAGUACUUGUGCAAAUCACCCAUUCACGAUGAAUGACCAUGUAAUUCUUAUACUUUCCCAGUUUGGAUCAGAAACCAGUGAACACAGCGGCCUGAAGGUUAAGCUUGAGCUUGAAACAUGAAACUUUGAGGAAGCAACCGUCUUACUGUCAAUCUAUGUAAAUUGGGCGACCUAUCGACUCGACGAAAGAGAGUAUGAAGAUACAAUACAGGGGAAAUCCUCCU